UCAAACGAAAAAAAGAGUCAUUUUUCUUUAAGCGAGACCCGAUAUUGAACGGCCAAGAUGAUUUGGGACCGAUUAAUAAGGAAUCGUGUUCUCCUCUUAGUAUGUCUGACGCCAUGUUUAUACCGUGUUGCGCAGUCGACGACGGCGCCGCCAAUGCUUCUCACCGGUUUCCAAUGCGACUUCGAGAUCAGCAUCGUCGAUGGAUGGUGCGGUAUCAGACAGGAGGUCGACGAUGACUACGAUUGGAUCAGGAAGACGAGUGAUGACCCAAGUUUCACGGACCCCCAUCCUUCCGGAGAUCAUACUUACAAUGUACCACACGCACACUACCUUUACGCAUCCUCCAGCAACGGACUAGAGGGCCAACUGAACAUGCCCGAUUUUGCCCAGAACACGGGACCGCAAUGCUUGGAGUUCUUCUACCAGUUCGGCGGGGACAACUCGGGGCAGCUCAACGUCUACCAGUGGCUGUCGGCGACGAGUAUGCCAUCAUCUACGCCUGCGUUGCAACUGAUGGGCAAUACCGACGAUGUUUGGUUCCGUGGUCUUCUAACAAUCAUGCCACAGACGGACAUCUAUACGGUGUCCUUUGUUGGUGUUGCAGGAUCGAACCAGAAAAGUUUCAUCACAAUCGAUGAUGUCAAAAUAAGCGAUGGUCUUUGCCCGAUGGUUAAUUUUAGCUGCACGUUUGAAAGCGUCGGGUCGGGAGAUGAAAACAUGUGCUACUUCGUACAGGACCCAACGGAUGAUGAAGACUGGAUAAGGAGUAAAGGGUCUACUGGUAGUACAUACACAGGCCCAUCAAUCGACCAUACACUCCAAACGGCAGAAGGUUACUACCUCUACGUCGAGGCAUCCUACAUGUCCAUUGGACAUAAGACCCGGGUAAUAACACCGACUCUCCGUGGAGUGGCCGACGGGAGCCCGGACGCUUGCCUUACGUUCUUCUAUCACAUGUUCGGCGCGGAUGUGGGCGAGCUCAAAGUGUACGUCUUGCCUCUCGGUACGAGCUUGGGCGACGAUACCGUUCCGGAUUGGGUCCUCUCCGGAAACAGGGGCGACAAGUGGCGAGGGGCCGAGGUGGAUAUCACCUUGGCUGACGAUUUUGUGAUUAUUUUUGAAGGUGUACGAGGCGAAUCAUACGAGGGCGAUAUGGCGAUAGACGAUCUUGAUUUUAGGAGAGGAGAUCAAUGCCCAGGACAACACAAGCCCCCGCCAGGUGACCAGCAAGGGACGUGCGAUUUCGAGGAAGUGGAACUUUGCCUCUACACACAGAACCAGGAUGAUGACGUCGACUGGAUCUGGCAGAACAGGGCCAGUCCGUAUGUAAAUGCUGGACCUCUCUAUGACCAUACCACUAAUGAUGAGUUUGGCUUCUAUCUCUUCCUGUACGGUUUCGUUGGACACCGGGUCACCGCAAGGAUAACAUCUCCUUUCGUACCAAUCCAGUCCUCACACACCUGUCUUCAGUUCUGGUGGUAUCUCUAUGGGUUAGACGACGAGUCACUCAGCGUUUAUUGUGUCCAAGACGGAGGGCAAAUGGGUGAUCCUCUGCUCAGCAUGUCUGGUGAUUACGGUCCUUACUGGAGGAGGAGUCGCCAUGAGAUCCCGCCAGAACUUACUCCAUGUCGGUUAGUCUUUGAAGGAACGACUGGCAUUCACAAUCGAGACGAGAUUGCAAUCGAUGAUGUUGAUGUUUAUCAAAGCCAACAGUGCCCACAAGAUCCGUAUCCUGUUGACCCAACAACUACUCCGCCUACUACCAACAGUGUUAACUGUGAUUUCGAGAACACCAAUGACGCCUUGUGUUCCUGGACCCAGGGGAUACAAGAUGGGUUCGAUUGGGUCCUCAACAGCGGUCCUACCGAGGAUUACAAUAGUGGCCCGGAUGUAGACCACACUCUGCAAACCGAUCAAGGACACUACAUGGUGGUGAAUUCAUACGAGAACAUUCCCACAAAUACCAGAGCAGUCUUGAGGUCGCCUUUAAUCACACCCCUUACGAGCAAACGUUGUUUCAAAUUAUGGUACUACAUGAGCGGAUACAACUCGGACUUCUUGAAUGUGUUCAUCUUACCCUACGGCUACGUCCUACCCAUGGACCCUAAUUUGCAGAUCUUCGGCAACCGCGGUCCUCAGUGGCUCCAGGCCCAGUUGACAAUACCGUCAUCCACACGGAGUUUCUAUAUUGUAGUCGAAGGAACAGUUGGCGAUUCAGUAUACGCUGCUGAUAUCGCAAUCGAUGAUUUCUCGAUGACUACUGGUAGCUGCACAGCAACAUCAGAUCCGCAGUAUCCUUUUGUCGCAAACUGUGAUUUUGAAGAUGGCAUGUGCGGUUACACGCAGCCCAGCGAGGAUUAUGAGAAUGAAGACGAGUUUGACUGGUUCCUGAAUUCUGGUCCAACAGGAACAGACGGUUCGGGGCCCGAUGCUGACCACACAAAAGGGACAGCUGACGGUCAUUACCUGUAUGUAGAAGCUUCUCAGCCUCGUCGACCAGGCGAUCGAGCUCGGAUCAUCUCCCCGCCCAUCACCUACUUCAAUGACAGUUACUGUCUGCAGUUUUACUACCACAUGAGCGGGGAUGACACCGCUUCCCUUUCGGUGGUGCAUCGCGGCGACUAUUAUCCGGAUGAAGAGAUUGCGCGCCUUACCGGACCGGGUGGGAACAAAUGGCAACCGUACAACGUUGAUGUCAGUGUCAAAUACGGACCAGUUGAAAUUGUUUUCACAGGCACGGUUGGAAACAGCUACCGAGGUGAUAUUGCUUUAGAUGAUAUCAAUUUCUUUCCCGGAUCGUGCGGAGGCUUUCCUGCUACUUCGUUAUGUAAUUAUGAAUAUGGAUACGAGCACUGUGGCUUUACGCAGAGCACCGAUGACCAAUUGGACUGGAUCUGGUAUGAUGCGUUGGCUGGAGAAACCCCUCCCGUUGAUUGGCCAGGAUAUGGGUCAUUUAUCUACGUCGAUGGCUUCAAUAAGACAGCGGGAUCCAAGGCUGUGCUACAGUCAGAGACCAUGUCACCAACGAAUAACGACCACUGCUUUUCUUUCUUCUAUAAACUGGAAAAAGGCAUGAGUAUAAGUUUUAUCAGGGUUUCACAAGAUGGAUCCCGUCAGCAACUCUUGUCGUACAAUAAGCCAGCAGAGAUGACGUAUGUCGAGUAUAACAUACCCAUAGCCGAGCAUCCCAACAUAUAUAAGGUUUACUUCGAAGCUACCGUAGAAGACGACAUGACUGCGGGGCUAGCUGUCCUUGAUAACACCUUCUUUAUCUUCGGUGUUUGUGAGUCUGGUCAGCCAGUAUCUGAUUCAACUACCACAGUAGCCAUUAUCCUCGGUAUCCUGCUCGGAGUGGCAGUACUCGUUUUGGUAGCCAUGGGCGUCCUCCAUUACCGCAAGACAGCGGAGAAGUCGGAUUCUUACCCUGCAGCAAUGUCGUACAAAAAUGGCGGGUCCAACCCCACUCCAGUAAAUUCAGUAGAUUUGACUAAAGAUCCCGGUAUUGAUAAUCCUAAUUACACAACAGCUCCCUUUUCAUCUGCGUAGAUCACAGCAUAAUUCCAAGUGUCUGUAUGCUAAGAAUCUUGGCUGUGGUUAAAGUGGUAUGGACGGGAAGGGGAGUUCAGAUCAGUGUCCGUUUUGCUUUUAAAAUUAGCGUAUUUUCAGUCGUGAGCGCUACUCAGUCGCUUUCUACAACGCACCAAUCCCUGUGAAAAUGCAAGUCAGAUCACAAUGGAGAUCUGAGAGGUUUUUUUUUCGAAAGUUGGAGGACCGGGCUAGUUCAAGUUCAAGUCUAUUUUUCAUUUCCAUUCACAACAUUAUAAGCAAAUACAAAUCAAACAUACAUAAAUAUAAAGUUAAAAAAUACA